GGGGAAUAGUCGAAAAUUGUGACAACGCACUGUUUAUAUCAGUCUAUCAUAAGGACCUCUCGCGAUAUAUUCAGAUCAGGAAGCCGUUUUUGUAGCGACGAUGUUCGCGUAGAACAGUAGCUAAUUACCUUACCUAAUUACUGAAAAUUUGACAUGUCUUCGCCGAAGCCGCAGAACCAGGAGCACAUCAAGAGGCCCAUGAACGCGUUCAUGGUGUGGUCGAGGGGACAGAGAAGGAAAAUGGCCCAGGAGAAUCCGAAAAUGCACAAUUCGGAGAUAUCCAAGCGCCUGGGGGCAGAGUGGAAGUUGUUGAGUGAAGGUGAAAAAAGGCCGUUCAUCGACGAAGCGAAGAGAUUGAGGGCUUUACACAUGAAAGAGCACCCAGACUACAAAUACCGUCCAAGACGAAAGCCAAAACCCCUAAUGAAAAAAGAACCGAAAUUCGGCUUCUCCAUAUCCCCUUUGCUAGCUUCCAGUCAUUUAGACAACUCGCAGCUUCCCCGGCCGCUCGUCCCUCCCAUAUCCUCAGCAUCAGGUCUACCAACAUUCGAUCACGAACACUUAAAACUAUCCAGAACCCUCUUUCCCCCGCUGCCGUACCUCUACCACCCCUUCAGGCAUCCCGAAGAAACGAAAUUCGCGGCCGAGCUGGCCCUGUUGUACAGCAACAACCCCAUUUACCCGCCCGGUUUGAACUGGUCGAUGGCCAACAACGUGGGCCCCAACGUACCGUGCAACAUCUGCCCUCCGACGUUCCCCAGGAGAUCGCCCAGCCCGGAGAGCAUAAAGAGGCCCGUCUGCGUCAUCAUGAAAAACGACGAGUUCCGGAACGAACCGCUGCCGGCGCACGUUAUAUGAAAACCGCUUCCGGUUCUUCCGGAGAGGUUGAACCUGGGUACUUGGUUUAGUGAUAUUUCUAAUUUGGCGACGUCUAGCGUCGCCGCCGCUUCGUCAGGAGCUACUGAAUAUAGAGAUAGUCAAUCGGGUAGAGACAGUGAUAGUCCUUGCGAUUUGAGUGAGAAAAAUGUUAGAUUUACUAAUUGAACGGGUCUGUACAGAGGAUUUACAAUGAAUUAAUAUAAUUAAUAUUGUAGCGAUGCGAUGGUGACUUGGGUCUAUUUUAUUCUGUACAAAUUUACAUUUUGAGACAAAAAUUGAGAUGAAUAUAAUCAAUGAAAAUAAUAAAUAUUCUCGCAAUGUGUAUUCAAACAAUUCACUAAAAUAAAGGAAGCGCUAAUUUCCAUUCACACAGUAUUAUUUUUAGUUAAAAAAACAGAUCCGAGUUAUUUCGUACAAACUCUAAGGUAUUAAAUCCGUUUACAAUAAAAACUAGGUAAAAGUAUUGUAUUGUAAAAAUGUUUCUCCAUUUUCAGGAAAAAAUAAUUAAUCAUUAAAAUAUGAAUCAAAUCGAACACAAAAAUCUUCAAGAAAUAAGUUAUUUUGAAUAAGGUAAUUCCAAAGGCUAAUUUUUUGUAAUGGAAACUCUAACCCGAUAAAAAAUGUUUUCUUGUGAACCUAAACAAUUUUUGCAAUUUUACAAAAAUUGCACUUCUCAAUUUUGGACACUUUAUUUAUAUAUCUACAUAUACUGAGAAGCCCUAAGUAAUCAUAAUUAACAAACGAAUAGUUAGUGAUAGUUAAGGGGCAGUGCAAUUUUCUAUUGUUUUGUUGUACUCACGUAAACUACUUAAAAUUGGCACUCGAAAUAGAAUGAGUUACAUUUUAACAUUGUAAUAAAUGUGUGUUUGAAAUUUCUUGUUAAUAGCAAUUAUAUUUGUUCG